AUGGCAGAAAAGGAGCAAACUGAUGGCAACCACGUGAUGUUCGAACAGAGAGACGAGGAGUGGAGAGCAUACAUGAACAAGCGCCUCGUCCGGAAGAUCGACAUGAAGCUUCUUCCAUUUCUUGUCUUGAUGUAUCUCCUUAACUUCCUUGAUCGCAGUAAUCUUGCCCAAGCGCGUCUUGGAACACUUGAGGAAGAUUUGAAUAUGAAGGGAAAUGACUACAAUUUGGCGACCAGUAUCCUGUUUGUGGGCUACUUACUGAUGCAAUUGCCAUCCAACCUAUUUAUCACCCGAGUCCGUCCAUCCGUCUUCCUUGGUGCAGCCAUGUCUAUCUGGGGUCUCAUUUCCGGACUUCAAGCGACUAUCGGUAGCUUCGGUGGUCUUGUUGCCUGCCGCUUUUGCUUGGGAAUUGUCGAGGCCCCUUUUUUCCCUGGCGCGGUGAUGCUUAUGUCUAGUUGGUACACCCGUGCAGAGAUCGGGCAUCGCAUUGCUUGGUUUUACUGCGGUAACGCAAUUGCUCAGAUGUUUGGUGGUCUGAUUGGAGCGGGUGUCCUCGGAAACAUGAACGGCACGCACGGUAUUGCGGGCUGGAGAUGGCUGUUCAUCAUCGACGGUAGCAUCACUGUUGGUGUUGCCAUUACUUCAAUGUUCUUUCUUCCCGAUUUCCCCUCCGCCAAAUGCAAAUGGCUUUCGGAAGAGGACCUGAACUACGCUCACUGGCGUAUCACUAUUGAUAUGCACGAAUCCGAAGAUUUGGGAGCAGUGACUCUCAAGGAUGGAUUAAAGAUGGCUUUCAAGGACUACCGAGUCUACAUCUUUAUUCUCUUCCAGCAUCUGUCUCUUCUUACUCAGACGUUCCAGUAUUUCCUGCCUACUAUCGUGAAUUCCCUCGGUUUCGGUCAUAUUGAGUCACUCUUAUUGACUGCUCCGGUAUGGUUUUUGACAUUCAUCGUUUCCCUUGUUGCCACUUACACCUCCGGUCGGUUCAACGAUCGAUCGAUCCAUAUUGUUGUUCUCAUGGGCAUCUCACUGUUUGGCAACGUUCUGGUCGUUGCGACUUUGAACACCGCAGCUCGGUUCGUUGGCAUGUUUUUCCUGCCCAUGGGUGCGUUUACUGCAUAUGAGAUCAUUGUGGCUUGGAUUGCAAACACGUUCCCGCGACCUAGUGUCAAGCGUUCCGCGGUUGUUGCUAUCUGUAACAUGCUCGGAAACACGGCGACUAUCUACGGUACUUACCUCUACCCGUCUUCGACUGGACCACGAUAUUUGAUGGGUGGCGCUUCGACCGCAGCAUUCUGCAUUGUGACGGCUAUCGUAGCUUGGGGCAUCAGAUUGAUGCUUGAGCGAGAAAACAGAUUCCUCGAGAAGCUGGAGAAUGAAAAUCUGGAGGAGCUCCCUCAGAUUGCGCAUGCUAUGGGACGAGGAUUCCGAUAUAUUGUGUAA